AUGGAUGCAGAGCGGGAGAUACAAUCUGUCCUGCGUUGUGGGCUGUGCAACAAGCCGUUCAACAAGCAAUCGACGCUAAAGAGGCAUGGAUACUAUUGCCGCUCUAGACGAGCCGGGCCGACUCAGAGGUCCCGGUCUUGUAUUGCCUGCGCGCGGCGGAAGGCCCGGUGUGAUAACAGACGGCCCGAGUGCUCCAGAUGUUCAGCCAAGGGUGUGGAAUGCCAUUAUCCAAGCUUGACCUCAAGAAAUAAGACUAGCGAUAUCCCUUCGACGACAGAUUCUACUGCCGAUUCCAGAUCUCCUCGUGGAGCGGACCCUGCGCUCACCAUAACAGACCCUGGGCAUCGGGGGGUUGUGGAUAUCGGAGUAGCAGGGGAAGUCCAAGUCGAACACCUCAAUUGGGAUAAUUAUGAUACUGGCCUCGCACUUGACUUUGUCGGUUUUGACUUUCUGAACCCUAUUCUCCAGUCAAACGAAAAGCCUGCUGAAUACCAGCAUCCAAUACCCACUUUACUCGGCACAACACCUUCUCCCCCCUCAGCCGGCGAAGUCCAAACCCAGCAAAAUCUGUAUCCUCAAUUGACAAUUCCAUCCCUCCCAAGCCUUCCUCGUCUUCUCGUUUAUCGACCGGAAUCGAAUACCGGCGGGAAGAGGACAACAACCCUCAUCCUGCACACCCUCAAAUCCUACCUCCUGAUGAUGCUGCGCGAGAAUACCCUCCCACCAUUUAUCCAUCCUCAUUCGCUCGCACAUCCAUCUCUCUCUCCGAAUAACGAAUUCCAGAAUAACUAUAAUACCUACAAUCUGCUAGCUAACUGCAUCACCCUGGUUCAAACACUCAACACCUCCCCUGGCAAAAGCAGAAAGUCAUUCUGGGAGCAUGUCCGGACCGAAUGUACCAAGAUAUGCUCUGCAGAUUACCAUUCCAAGCUAAAUAGAUGGGAACUGCUAGGUGCAAUGCAAGCGCUGUCGGUAUAUAUUCUCAUCCGGCUGGACGAGGGGGAGACCGAGGAGAAUAAUUUGGAUUUUCUGUUUUUGGCUGCUGUUACUGCUAUUGCCCAACAGCUUUGCAGUGAUGAUGUUGCUCACGACGUCACGUCUGGGCUCUACGAUGAUGAAGGAAUGACCUGGAAAGGGUGGGUUUUUGAAGAGUCUAGAAGAAGAUUAUCCAUCAUCUACCGAGUCUUAAACAUGCUCGUGUACUUCGAGCCCGCAGCCAGAUGCGACCUCCCAACAGACUUAAUCCUCGCGCCACUGCCGGCAAAGAAGCCCCUCUGGGAAGCAAAUGACGAAGUUGUAUGGAAGGCUGAAACCGAGAGAGACCCGAGGCUUCAUCAGACGGCAUUUGGGAUAGCUGCGAGCGGCAGUCUGGUCAGAUUGGAUAAAGGCCAUGGCCGGGGUGAGCUCCACCGGAGAGAUGACGUCCUAUCCCAUACAGUGUUGGAUGUGGGGGUUGUCUCCAGGAGUCCUGCAGAUUGGGAGGAGUGGUGUUCUGGCAUGGAUGGGUUUGGGGGGCUUGUUAUGCUUGCUGCUUCGUUGGUUGUGUAG